AUGGCCCGCCACUCCUUUGGCGUUAGCGCAGUCGCCGUCCUGGCAGUGGUCGGCUUGGGCAGCUGCUUCCUGACCGGUCUUCCCCAAGGAUCGCAGCCGCCCCGCACCGCGCCCAAUGCGGUCGAGCACGAGAUGCCGCAGCCAAGCAUGGCCGGCACCUCCUGGGCUGCACCGCUGCUGAGCUUCGGCGCCGCCCUGGGCCUGAUCUUCGGCGUCGUCGCCGCCAAGCCCGCCCGCGCCAUCACGGCGGAGCAGUUCAGCCAGCUCACCUACGCACAGGUGAAGGGCUCCGGCUUGGCCAACCGCUGCCCCACCGUCGAGUCCAACGGCACGGAGGUCCCCGUGAAGGGCGGCUCUCGGCUCGUGAACGUGUGCUUCGAGCCGAAGUCCUUCGCAGUAGAGUUCGAGACCGACAAGGGCAAGGAGUUCGCCACCACCAAGCUGACCACCCGUCAGACCUACACCCUGGCCUUCAUCGAGGGCAGCCUGGAUGCCAACCCCAUCACCUUCAAGGAGCAGGACGGUAUGGACUUCGCGGCCACCACCGUGAAGCUGCCGGACGGCGAGUACGUGCCCUUCCUGUUCACCGUGAAGGAGCUGGUGGCCAAGGGCGAGGGCAGCUCCUUCAAGCCGGGCUUCACAUGGGGUGGCGAGUUCAGUGUCCCCUCCUACCGAACCGGUGGUUUCCUUGACCCUAAGGGCCGAGGUAUGACCUUGGGUUACGAUCAGGCCGUGGCCCUGCCGGCCAUGCAGUCCGACGGUCAGGGCGGCCAGGACGAGCUCUUCAAGGAGACUAACAAGGUCUUCGACCUCGGCAAGGGCGUCAUCGAGAUGGAGGUCAACAAGGCAUUCAGCAGAACUUCGCACGCAGUUUCCGGCAGACCUGUGAACCAGGAGCUUGGUGAAAUAGGCGGCGUCUUUGUGUCCAAGCAGCCCUCCGACACCGACAUGGGCGCCAAAGCCCCAAGGACGGUUCUUCUCAAGGUCGCCGUCCUGGCGGUGGUCGGCGUGGGCAGCUGCUUCCUGACCGGUCUUCCCCAAGGAUCGCAGCCGCCCCGCGCCGCGCCCAAUGCGGUCGAGCACGAGAUGCCGCAGCCGAGCAUGGCCGGCACCUCCUGGGCUGCACCGCUGCUGAGCUUCGGCGCCGCCCUGGGCCUGAUCUUCGGCGUCGUGGCCGCCAAGCCCGCCCGCGCCAUCACGGCAGAGCAGUUCAGCCAGCUCACCUACGCACAGGUGAAGGGCUCCGGCUUGGCCAACCGCUGCCCCACCGUCGAGUCCAACGGCACGGAGGUCCCCGUGAAGGGCGGCUCUCGGCUCGUGAACGUGUGCUUCGAGCCGAAGUCCUUCGCAGUAGAGUUCGAGACCGACAAGGGCAAGGAGUUCGCCACCACCAAGCUGACCACCCGUCAGACCUACACCCUGGCCUUCAUCGAGGGCAGCCUGGAUGCCAACCCCAUCACCUUCAAGGAGCAGGACGGUAUGGACUUCGCGGCCACCACCGUGAAGCUGCCGGACGGCGAGUACGUGCCCUUCCUGUUCACCGUGAAGGAGCUGGUGGCCAAGGGCGAGGGCAGCUCCUUCAAGCCGGGCUUCACAUGGGGUGGCGAGUUCAGUGUCCCCUCCUACCGAACCGGUGGUUUCCUUGACCCUAAGGGCCGAGGUAUGACCUUGGGCUACGAUCAGGCCGUGGCCCUGCCGGCCAUGCAGUCCGAUGGUCAGGGCGGCCAGGACGAGCUCUUCAAGGAGACCAACAAGGUCUUCGACCUCGGCAAGGGCGUCAUCGAGAUGGAGGUCAACAAGGUGAACCAGGAGCUUGGAGAGAUCGGCGGCGUUUUCGUGUCGAAGCAGCCCUCCGACACCGACAUGGGUGCCAAAGCUCCCAGGACCGUCCUCCUGAAAGGCAUCUUCUAUGGCAAGGUGGUGAAUGCUUGA